CUCUGGUAAACUGACACAUUUUACUGCAGUGGAGCUCACCGAGAGCUCCGUAAACAACCACAGAAGAGCCGGAGCUGUCAGAAAAUAAAACUAUGGCGACUCACGCUAGCACGUGCUGCCGCUUGUUUAAUAGACAUAACAGUUUAACACAUUUCAGGACACUGGUACAGUGCGUGAAUGGGGACAUUCAGCGACUGUACUCCAGUGCUACGCACAAGGAAAAUAAACUUGAACUUGGAGACUCGACUUUAUCUGCUCCCAACUUAGCCGCAUCUCCGAAAACCAGGUCAACACAGGAGAGGCUAAGAGACGACAGAAUACUACCCUUUUCAGCAUUCUUGACUGACAGCUUUGGCCGGAGGCACAGCUACCUACGCAUCUCUCUGACGGAGAAAUGCAACCUCCGCUGUCAGUACUGUAUGCCAGAGGAGGGAGUGAAGCUGACACCACGGAGCCAGCUGUUGUCCACCUCGGAGGUAUUGACCCUGGCUCGCCUCUUCGUCCAGGAGGGGGUGGAAAAAAUCCGCCUCACUGGAGGAGAGCCCCUCAUCAGACCUGAUGUACUGGAUAUCAUCUCAGAACUGAGGAAGCUGGAGGGUCUGAAAACCAUUGCAGUGACAACCAAUGGCAUGAACUUGGCCAGGCUUCUGCCAAAGCUCAAAGAGACUGGCCUUGACCUGAUUAACAUAAGCCUGGAUUCACUGGUCCCUGCCAAAUUUGAGUUCAUUGUCAGGCGGAAAGGGUUCCACAAGGUCAUGGAGGGCAUUGAUAAGGCCAUUGAAAUGGGCUACAACCCUGUCAAGGUUAACUGUGUGAUCAUGCGAGGCCUCAACGAGGACGAGCUGCUGGAUUUUGUGGCACUGACAGAGAAGAAGCCACUGGAGGUGCGCUUCAUCGAAUACAUGCCCUUUGAUGGAAACAAGUGGAACUUUAAGAAGAUGGUGAGUUACCAGGAAAUGCUGGACCGGAUUAGGCAGCAGUGGCCCAACCUGGAAAAGCUUCAGACUGGACAGACAGACACUGCCAAGACAUUUCAAGUUCCAGGCUUCAAGGGUCAGGUGGGCUUCAUCACCUCCAUGUCUGAACAUUUCUGUGGCUCCUGCAACCGCUUACGCAUCACUGCAGACGGCAACCUCAAGGUGUGUUUGUUUGGGAACUCUGAGGUGUCCCUAAGAGAUGUCUUGCGCUCUGGGGCACCAGAUGAGGAGCUACUGCAAAUCAUUGGAGCUGCUGUGGGCAGGAAGAAGAAACAACACGCAGGCAUGUUCAGUAUCUCCCAGAUGAAGAACAGGCCUAUGAUCCUCAUUGGCACUGCAACCCAAAGGCCGUUGUCUCUGCCAAAGCCACAAGACAACCAGAGAGCUUUCCCCAUUGUCUGCCAACUUACAAACAACACAUUCCUCUCUCCAACAGCAGCUCCUCACACGGGCCAUUCAGGCAGCAGGAGAGUCCUGAACAGUGACGGUUCUUUGUGCCUUCCAGACUGCGCUGCUUCAACACAGGCAGCCAAUGAUUGCUGCUCUGGAACCUUAAUGAGAGGGGAUACCCAAGUCAGGUCACGUAUCAACAAAGAAAACUCUAAUGCGACGGACAACCUCCACCACGUAACACCCCAUCACUCCUCUGAGUUUGAUAAUGGUCUCACUUUCACCAGUUGUCACACUAAGACUGCAAGUUUUACUACACGCACAAAUGUCACGAGCUACACUAAUGAAGACUGUCUCAGGUACGCACAAGCCAGGGGUCCUAAUGCUUUGAAAAGCCACUUACUGAGGACCCCGGGAACACCUAUUCUUUGCACACUACUAAUCAAUGCCAAAACAAAUCUUAAACACUACAAUGUUAGACUGUGCCAUCAAUCAAGUUCCAGCGAAGACCACACUGUCAAACUCAGACAGUUUGUGAGUGAUCAGACCACAUCAGACAUCAACAGUAACCUGAAUGAAGCCAGUGAAGCCCAGCUGACGCAUACAGACGCCCAGGGCCGAGCCACAAUGGUGGACGUUGGGGGGAAAGUUCCCACGCGUCGCACUGCCACAGCCCGCGCCACCGUCAUCCUGGGCCCCACUGCCUUCCGGCUGCUUCGGGACAACCAGCUGGCUAAGGGCAACGCCUUGGCUGUGGCGCAGUUGGCCGGCAUCAUGGCUACCAAACAGACCUCAACCCUCAUCCCGCUCUGCCACACGCUCCCCUUGGACCACGCCUCUGUCACCUUUGACCUGGAUGAGGUGCAGAACGCCGCCAUCAUCACGGCAACCUGUCACACUACAGGCCGGACAGGAGUUGAGAUGGAGGCUUUAACAGCUGUCUCUGUCGCUGCGCUGACUGUCUAUGACAUGUGCAAGGCGGUAAGCCAUGACAUCACCAUCACAGAUGUAAAGCUGGUCAGUAAGACGGGCGGGAAGAGGGACUUUCAUCGUCACGCUUGACUUCCUCCCCCACCAAUGAAUCCAACACAGGAAAACUGAGAACGGACUUAAGUCAUAUUUAUCUGCAAACUAAAGUUUAUGCCAUCGGAAUAAUGUGAAUUAUAUAUUUGUUAUAAUUACUCGAUCUGUCACUGAUCUUCACAGUCACUCUCAUUUAGCUGUGCUUUUCAAACCAUUUCAGUGUCAUAUAUGAAAUCAUUUAUUUGCUGUAAUACAUAACAGAUGAAGGACUGCAGUGUUUCUGUUUAUCUCUAGAGGGCACUCAUGUAUUACAUUCACAAGCAAAGAACAAAGCCAGGACGUCCUCAGCGUUAUUGACAUGUUGAAUGUAUUUGUCUUUUAUUAGCUCAUGUGAACUUUGAAGAUAAUUCCAUUCAGGAUGAAGCCCAGGUGCCUGACCUGAAAGCUGAGCAGAGGAGUAUGUUUCCGUGUCUUUCCCAGGUCUGCUGGUAGACAUCAUGUCUAAUUGAAAUGUCACAUGCUCUGUAUGCCCCUUUACUUACCUGCACUGAUUUGCUGUAAUUAACAGCACUUUGAAUGUUUUUACAGUUGGAGUUUAUUCAGUUGUAUGAAGGGUAACUCGUUUUAGUUCUCUGUACUUCACUGGAAACAGUAGAUAUGUGUACUUACACCACCGGACAGUAGAGGAUCACAGUAAGAUGACUGUUUUUUAACUCUUGCUUUAAAAUAUCCACCAUUCAUAUAAUGGCUGAUAACACAAAUAAUCCAUUACACGACUAAUGCUUUUCUUGUUUAUUUGUUUUCCCCUCUCUUUACCCCCAGAAGGAACUUGAUUGAUUGUUGAUUCGAUGUCAGUUCAAAGUUUAUAGUUGUAUGUGAAUGUGUCAUUCUGACUGUGUGGUGAUGCAGCCUCUAUGUAUUGCAUGUCACAUUUAUGUUGUUAGUAUUACUGUAGGUACCAUGCUCUCCGGUCUGCACCAGCAUCUCUCACCUGUUGUCUCUGGAGAACUGAUUAUUGAUAUUUUUGUGUCAUAGCAUAUAGUUGAUUGUAUUCACUGCCUCCAGCUCUCCUCAUUCACUGCUCAUUUUCUGAAAGAAGUACAUGCAAACUGCGAGUUGCUGGAGCAUGUGUGGCAUUUAUUUUCCCUUAUAAAAAUGAUAAUAUUCUACAGUCUUUCUCCUGUGAUGUCUUAAUGUGCUGAAAGUUGAGUAUUUUGUUAGUCCACAAGGAGGUUUCUGUCAGUUACAGCACCCAGUGUGUCCCAUGGUGUUUUAUCUAAAUAAACAGUAAAACCAUA